AUGUCGCAGCAGUUGCCUCUUCCAGGCGGCUCGUACCCGCCCCCAGGUUCAACUGGUGCCUCUAGCCACCAGACCACUGGCCAUGCGAUGUAUGGUUAUCACGGUCACCACAACCAGCAGCAGCAGCAGCAGCAGCAUCAACAACUACCGCCGCCGCAGCCUCAUCCUCCACAGCGCAGUCCUCACGAUGUGCAUCAUCAACGACCAUGCAGCGAGCCACAAAAUCAGCCGCCUCAGCAUUCGCACCCAAACACACAACCUCAUCAGCUCUCCCACCAUGUGUCGUCUCAUCCGCAGCUCUCUCAACACCAACUUUCUCCGGCGCAAAUGCAACCUCCCUCACUUUCGAGGCAAGAUGACACACAGCAAGCUUCGGCGGGUGCUGUAACAUCUGCAGCCGUGGGGAAACCGCUUGGAAAUUCCCAGCAGAUGUUGAGCCCGUUCUCAAAGAUUGAUGAAGCUACCGGUCGCAAAUACCAACUUGACGUUGUUCAACAGCCUCGGCGAGCGCGAAUGUGCGGGUUCGGCGAUAAGGACCGACGACCAAUCACUCCACCCCCGUGCGUCCGUCUCAUCAUCACAGAUAUUGCCACGGGCAAAGAAAUUGAUUGCAAUGACAUUGACCACUCCAUGUUUGUCCUCAACGUUGAUCUUUGGAAUGAAGACGGCACCAAAGAGGUCAACCUUGUUCGCUCUUCCACGGGCAGUCCUUCGAUCUCUUCUACAACACCUUAUUCUUAUACCACAUUGAACGCUGGUGAUACCGGGACGGCGCCAUACAUGCAACUUGUCCUUCCAUCUAAUCGCGACCAAGCGUACAAUGCGUCCCCCAGUGUCGGUUACGGUCAGGAUUAUCAGAUACAAAGUGGAUAUGGCCAAGCCCCAUCUUAUCCUUCAAACGGCACGUACGGCCCACCGCAGCAAUAUUUUCCUCACCAUCAGUCAUACCGCCCUGAGGGCAGUGUCGCACCACUGCCUUCGCAGUCGAAUAUUUCUCCAUAUACGCGGAAUGGUUCUACCGGUCUAUCCGGUUAUGUCCAAGACCACAACUCCCUAGCGAGGAUGGCAAUGGUUGGCGGACAGCCACAAGGCAUGUUUACUCGAAAUCUUAUCGGCAGCUUGGCAGCUAGCGCAUUCCGCCUCAGUGACACUCAUGACCGUAUCGGAAUAUGGUUUGUUCUUCAAGAUCUCAGUGUCAGGACAGAAGGCCCCUUCCGCUUGCGGUUCUCCUUUGUCAAUGUCGGGCCGCCGGACGGCACCCCUCGGGAUACCGGUGCACCAAAGAUCAACAAAAACAGGGCGCCAAUUUUGGCGUGCUGUUUUAGCGAUGUUUUCAAUGUCUACUCGGCCAAGAAGUUCCCCGGCGUGUGUGAAAGUACAGCGUUGAGCAAGACAUUUGCCACUCAAGGAAUCAAAAUACCAAUCCGAAAGGACUCGAAUAUUAAAGGCGGUGACGACGACGAUUAUGGUGACUAG